CGGCAAAAUUGAUUUAAACGUAGAUUGUGUAAACGGUUUCAUAUCCGAUGCAUUGGCACUACGUCUCGGACACAUUUAUGAACCACUCUUAGGAUGGCCACCCCAAGCAAGACUCCACCUGGCGCCGACCCAAAACAACUGGAGCGGACUGGGACGGUCCGGGAGAUCGGCUCGCAGGCGGUGUGGUCCCUGUCCUCCUGUAAACCUGGUUUCGGAGUGGAUCAGCUGAGGGACGACAACCUGGAGACCUACUGGCAGUCAGAUGGAUCCCAGCCUCAUUUAGUCAACAUACAGUUCAGGAGGAGGACAACGGUGAAGAUGCUGUGUAUUUACGCUGAUUAUAAAUCAGAUGAGAGCUACACGCCCAGUAAGAUCUCAGUCAGAGUGGGCAACAACUUCCACAACUUGCAAGAGAUAAGGCAGUUAGAGAUGGUGGAGCCCAGUGGUUGGAUUCACAUCUCUCUGAUGAACCAGCGGACAAACGAGCCGAUCAGCACCUUCAUGAUCCAGAUCGCUGUGCUGGCCAACCACCAGAAUGGCCGAGACACUCACAUGCGGCAGAUCAAAGUCUACACACCGGUGGACGAGAGCUCCAUUGGCAAGUUCCCACGAUGCACCACAGUCGACUUCAUGAUGUACCGCACUAUCAGGUGACUGCCUGGCCUUCUGUGCCUCCUGGAGAGUUGUGGAAAUGCACAAAGCAUCAAGAGAAGAGGAGAAACGACACUGAUAUUUGGAGCUGCUACUGUGCUUUUGUUCAAAUCAGAUUUGGUUGAUUGAUUGAUUCUAUACUUAUUACAGAAUUGACCAGUCAUACUUUUGUCAGAUGUGGCUCUUUGAAAGUAAAGCACUGAUACUAUGAAUCAAAGCUGCCGAUAUAUAUUUGACUGUAAAGUGUUUUUCUCUUCUCUUUACUCUGACAAUAAAACUUCUCUACUGAAACUAGACUAUACAAUGUAAAGACAUCAGCCACACAGUGUCAGUUUAUAUGUUGUGAAGAGCUGAGCUCCUUAAAGAAAAUUGUCAGCACAACUCAAAUCAUAUUGCUUGUAUAACAGUUACUGCUAAAUUUUCUUUCAAAUUUUUAUUGAAGUUCAGAUAGUAAAGUUACAGUUUUGAAAUAAAAUAAU